AUGUCACUUCGCAAUAUCAGAUUACAAGAGGAAAGAAAGCAAUGGAGAAAAGAUCAUCCAUUCGGCUUUUUUGCUAAACCGGUGAAGGGUGCCGAUGGAUCCUUAGACUUAACUGUGUGGAAGGCAGGCAUUCCAGGAAAAGCAGGUACAAUAUGGGAAGGUGGAAUUUACCCAAUUAGGUUAGACUUCCCGGCGGAGUACCCAUCAAAGCCACCAAAGGUCAAAUUUCCUCCAGGAUUCUACCAUCCGAACAUCUACCCCAGUGGGACUGUUUGCUUGAGUAUUUUGAACGAAGAUCAGGAUUGGAAGCCGGCAAUAACCUUGAAACAAAUACUAUUGGGAGUGCAAGAGUUAUUAAACACGCCCAAUCCCGAUUCGCCAGCUCAAGAGCCAGCUUGGAAAGCCUUCAGUAAAGAUCCGGCAUUGUAUGAGAAGAAAGUAUUGGAUCAAGUUAAGAAAUACCCACAUACUGUAUAG